CCUUCACGCCGCUCCAGUCUACACUGGCGCUACGGCUUCAGCGCCACUGACGCUGUGCCAGCCUGUACUCUUGCUUCGACAACGUCGCAAAACCGUAUCACCACUUGUCCAGUACCAAACACCAGGCAGCAGCGGGGUACUUCAGGCCGCCCUCGCACGAGCUCUAGCAACGCUCCAACACCACGUCACUACACUCAGCCUCAUAUCACACCAACAACAUGGCCGGCAGGUUCUUCGAAGAUCUCUGGGAGUCCAUCUUCACCCCAGGACCCACACCGACCCUCCUCAUCGCCACCAACGUCUCGUUCGGCGCGCUCCAGCUCCUCUUCUUCGCGCUCUUCAUCGGCACGUACAGUGUUCACUUUGUAAUCCUGUCCUUCCUUACCGGCGGGCUCUGGUACGGAAUCAACUGGUUCGCGCGAGAGAUUCAGAUAGCGCAGAAGGCUGAGGAGGAAGCCAAGCGCAUCCGCGCCGAUCGUCGCGGCGGCCAUGGCGACGCAGCUGGUGACGGCGAGCAGGCGGAUAUCGACACAGGCGACGAGACCGAAGUCGACGCAAAGGAGCAAGUGCAGGCGCAGAGCGAUGGGCUAGCGAAGAAGGAGAAGCGUGCGCCGAGGCCAGGGACGCAGAGCACCGUGUUUGUAGACCGGCCAAGCGAGCGCGAGCAGACGCCCCAGGCUGUGCCUGCGAGCUCCUCGGGCGGUGGCCCGGCAGGCGCAAGCACGACAGGCGCGUCGACUCGGCUAGCGCCGCUGGUCGACGACGCCGUGAAGAAGAGGAAGGGCGGACUGGGAGAGAGCACGGGCGACCUGAGUACGGACAGCGAGUGGGACAAGCUGUCCGAGGACUCAGAGGAGCGAUGAGAUAGCUGCGAUAGACUUCUUGCUAUUGUCCUGCUUGGCCGGCUGCGAACCCAAUGUUUUGUCAA